AUGAAUGUCAGAACGAGAAGCCGGUAUGUCGCUGGCGACGACGACCUUUCGCCAGUCGUUGCAACCCAAGACCCCGAAAAGAUCUUGGCGCACAAGGAGCAGGAGGUUGAAGAAGUCGACACCAAGGAAUCAAUCCGGGACAGAGCAGCGGCCAAAGCCGAAGAAAAGGCGGCCAAAGCUGAGAAGAAGGAUGCUGAAAAUCAAGCUUCAAGCAGCAAAGGAGGAAAGAAAGCGACCAGGAAGAAGGCUCCGGCCAAGAAAGCGGCAGCCCCAAAAGCCGCCGGAGUGAAGAAAUCAAGCACCAAGAAGGGGGCCAAAGGGAGAGCGAAGAACGGCAAAGGCAAGGCCAAGGCCACUGCACUUGCUGCUGGAGAUCCAGAAGAGCCCGCAGGACCCGCAGCAGACACUGCUGAGUCGGCUGGAGUACCAGCGGCGAUCGCUCAAGAUGCAGCUGAGCCAGGAUCUGGAUCGACGUCAGCCGUUCGGCCACCAGCACAGGAUGGUGCCGGAACGAGUUUGAUCGAAGGAGAUGCAGGUCAUGCAGGCAACCAAGCCGUCGCCGCCGCGCCUGAGACUGAAGUCUCUGGUCUCCAAGGUACAAGCGCGCAGACCGAGCAGAAACACGAAGACACUCCCGCUAUCACUCCAACUCCGGCAAGAAUUGCUUCAGCCUCGCCACCUGCCCAGAGAGAACCUGUCGCCGCUGCACCAAUCACACCCUUGCCGAGAGUUGACAGCAACCAAGCACGAGAGGCUUUGGGAGAUAUUCCACACACAAUCCCUCAUCAAAACUCCUUCACGGGUGAAAAUGCGGCCGCGGCCCACACCACAGCGGCAAAUUCUGAGGCCCCUUCUGGCGAACUUCCUCUCUCAAACGCCACCGAAGUCGAGCCUAGUAGGUCUAUAUCAUCAGCACAGGAAAAGCAAACGAUGGCGAACGAUGCAAAUACGUUGUCUUCAGGAGCUUCACCCAGUGGCCAACCAGCAUUUGGCUAUUCCGCGACGGUCUUCCCUGGCGCCUACACACAAUCCCGCAGGCGCUCCAGAAAGUCUUCGAAGGACGAUGGGGAUGAUGCUCCGAAGCGCAAGAAGUCUGGAGGCGACGGAAAUGAUACCGGGAGUUCAGGGCAGAUGCCGUCCGGGUCGGUUGACGAUCCUUGCAAAGAUUAUCCUUCUCGACUGCAAGAGCUUGUGCGCCGCCGUACAAACUUCAAGACCACGGCUGAAGAUCCAGUCGUCGAAGGACAGUUCCUUCUGGAUGAAACACUGCAACAGGCGAUCGUGUCAGUGGCCGAAGCCGUUACUGAGAAGAAUGAAGCAGUUCGUUUUGCUUACCUCCCUCCUGCGGGCAUUGUAGCUCUAAGCUUUCCUGGGAUGCCAAAACCGGGCCAGCAAACGGCGAGACCAGGUCGUCCGGUUCUGUUUCCAUUCUCGACGAUGGACAAUGCAAGCGGCCGGGGACACCACUCUCUGUUCGUUUUGGACCGUGGAGAGAAUCAAGAUUUCGAAAUCUACCACUACGAUAGCGCCAAGCGUACAGGGCAUACACAAGACUUUCAAGAGCACGUUACCAAGUUCAAAGAUCUCCUCAGAGACCUGGGAUGGGCACGUCAUACGAAUUUCUCAAUACCUGAGACGGCUCAUCCGAGGACAAACCAGAUCCGACAGAACAGCGCAUGGGAAUGUGGACUACACACUGUUUUCAAUGCAUGGGCUAUCGCGCUCGGGCUUGAAAUUGCGUCUGGUCCUGCCACCGUGCUACGCAACUACAAAAAUUUCCAACGAGAUGGUGUUCAAAUGAUCAAUCUUACCCGCGAAUCCAAAAUGGACAGCAAAACCAUAGAGGCAUUCUUGAAGUGCUACGGGUUUGUCGCACCCACUGCCAGCGUGCCGGCAGACCGCGCAUUUGAAAAGACGAUACCUAUCUUAAGAAAUCACGAUUUGAAUGUUUUCAUCGAUCGUCUCCGGCUGGAUAAUGAUCUGGACGAAUGGAGAGUGAACGAUGCGAGCAUUCCAAACAGAGCUAAGCUGGAAGAAGCUCUUCGCGACAGUGGUCGUUCCCCGUCCGAAGUCGAGUUUGACAUUCAAGACUCUUCGGAGACACUUCUCGCUCGAUACAGGGCCAUUGUUUAUAGUCGGACACAAGAUACGCAGGAGAGAUCCGCUCCUGGUCCGGCCUCUACGUCAGACAAUCAGCCCCAGAAUGGAGGUUUCACCAACAAGGACGACGGAGACAACUAUGAGCCAGAGCCGCUCGAUGGUUCUGACGCCAACAUCCAGGGUGCUAAUCCGCAGCUCCCACCGACAGUCGGCCCUCAAGCAGAAGAUCAGGAUGUGAGUGCGAUGGCCGACGGUCGAAGUCAAAUUGCAGAAUUCAUCAACCGCCAUGGAACCCCCGAGCAGCGUCAACGUCAAAGAGAAGCCACGCACCAAGAUCAAACACGACGCUUUGGAGGAAGUGCCUCGAUGGUCGGCGGGUCAUCUGCAGCAGACAUAUCAAAUGUGCCUUCUCUUUCUCAUCCGCCAAACACAGCAGUUGUCGGAGCAGAUCUCUCAUCGCCAGUGCCCAACACACAUCUCAAUUCUGAUCCUCUGACCUCCAUUCAGAUGCAUCUCGCCCAGGACGCACACAGUCGCGAAGCCGCCGCAGCUGCAACAACUACACCGACCACUCCGCCCAACACGUCGGCUCUUGUGGACGUGAUGUCAGGCAACCGCAUACCAACUCCAGAACCUCGAAGUGCGCGAGAGGCCGAAGCAGUCACAACAAUCCUUGAAUCAGUCGCGCAGCCAGAUCCUCUAGAUCGAGAAGAGCGCGCAGCUGGACCUCCCGCUCUUGAUCCGAAUCCUUUGACCGAACCUGAAGAUCCAGGCUUGCGAACGGAUGAUGAUCUUUUCGGCGAGGAUGGCGAUGAUGAUGAAGAAAUCACAAUCACGACUUCUCCGGUCGCGGCUACAGCUCCUGCCGCACGGAGCCCAACGGGUCUGGCUCUACCACCCACGACGCCAAGAGGAUCUCCCCAGACAUUCUUACCUGGGCUGCGUCCUCCGCAAGGGUCUUCGGGUCAGCGGACAGGUGAAGCUCCUCCUGCUUCGCCCCCAAGAGGCACUGUCCGACCUCGUGAAGAUGAUGAAAAUGAACCUGGGGCAGAGAAGCCGAACAAGCUUGCUCGCUUCUUGAAGGAGACCGAGACGCAUGAGGAACCUCAUGAUGAAUUGGAUGACAUUCUGAGAGGUGGAUAUGAUGAUGACGAGGAAGAUAAUGAGCAAGGCAAUAAUGAAUAUGCUGAGAUGUUGAGGAGGCAGGGUGUGAACGUCGCUGAGGAGGAUGGUGACGGAGAAGAAGAUAUUUAUGGGGAUUGA